AUGUCUGAAAGCACAGAGGAUCCCCCAGCAAUUGUGGAUGGAUGGGAAAAGGAACGGGACUUCGAAGCACCAGACUCGGACGCAGAGACAGAGGAUUGCGAACUGCUGCACUCUCCUCCCAGAGGUUACCCCCCGUCCACACCUUCAUUCGAAUCCAAUGCAGCCUAUCCAUGGUCAAAAUGGGUUGAUAGUCUGCGUUUGAAAAAACGAGGCCAGCCUGGGACCUACGUUGAUGGAUGGUUUGAUGGACCUUCAGUUGACCGAGAAGAUAUAGCCUCAACACUGGGCAAUAAACAACCCUGGGAUCAGAUAUCGGGUGGAACAGCGUCAAUAUUGGGAACGAUGAAAACGGCUAGCAUGAGCGUGCCACCGUCGAGCGCGCCUAGGUCGAGAACGAAUACAAUUACUAGCAACAGCAUUGCGGUAUCGAGACAAUCUAUGGAGAGCACACGGUCUAGUAUCUAUGAUGCAAUGACGCAAGCGAGCAAGGUCAUGGCUAUCAGACGUCGACAUGUGCUACGUGAAAUAUAUAGUACCGAGGUGCGUUAUGUUGAUGGCUUGCAAACAGUGGUUCAAAUUUUGUCAACUUAUCUUACAAUGAGGCCAGCUAUACUACGUGAUUUGCAACGACUGUAUGACACGCAUGAUGCCUUCAAGAAACAACUGGAAUCUGUGAGCCCGCAAUCAGCAGACCCCUGGUCGGAUGGCAUACCAUUUCGGAAGUCCACCAUUUUGCAGAACUUUCAAAACCAGUCACUGUUGACUAGACGGCGAGUUAACGCCAGGAUUCGUAAUGAAGGCGCGGAUCCAUCCGAGGCUUUGCUGGUAGCGAAGGAGGUUGAUAAAUUGACUGCAAGAUUCCAUCUCUACGAAGCUUUCAUCAGAUCAUUUGAUGUUCUUUCAGAAGAUCUCACCCUUCUACGCCAAAGACAUCCAGCCGAUGGCUUCUGGACAGAAGGUAUUGAAGCGUUUCAGAAAUCUGUACAUUCAACUCAAAAGAAGAAAGAUAAUCAUAAAAAGGCAAUGACACUGGACGAUCUUAUUGCAAAACCCGUACAGCGAGUCUGCAAAUAUCAACUUCUUCUUACCGAAUUGCUGAGAACUGUUCCGGAGACCAUAUAUCCCCUAACAUACUCGGAGAUCAAAAAAGUCUUGGAUAAGAAUGCGCAGGCAGUCGACCGUAUUAACACCGUUGUUGGAGACCCUAAUUUACGUAUUCGGAUCAAGAAGACCAUCUCUCUACACGAGCGUCUGGACUACGGUGAUCAAAUUGUUCUCGAGAACGUUUACCAAGAAUUGGGACCACUUAUUCUCUGCGGAGUGCUUCACGUGGCAUAUCAUUCGCCCAGUGCCAUAACAGGACAGUACUUGGUGUGCAUUCUGUUUCCAGGCUAUAUGGUUCUAGCUAAGCCUGGAAGCGAUUUUCGCAGGCUGACUCUCGUUGCAUCCAUAUACCUAUCGGAUAUGACAGUUGACAGCUCGGUGAACGGACAAGGACUUGCUUGCUUGGAUACACCAUUUUCAUGGAAGGUCAUCUUCCAGUACAAUCAGAAACGUUACGAACUUAUAUUUAGUGCCUCUUCCGCAGCAGAGGAACGGGGCUGGAAGACGGAGAUUCUGAAAGCAUCAGUCAUGUUACCAAAUGAAGUACCAAAUAUAGCCUUAGAGCCACGACGGUUUUCCUGCGUAUGCAUGUCGUUGCAGCCACUGGAAGCCGAUGGCCGGCCAUUCCUCCUCAAGCGGCGAGGUUCUCUUCGAAUUUCAUCAUCACAUCCUCUUCACAAUCAGCAGAAUCGAGUGAUGAUCAAGAAGACACACAAUCCUAUCUACGAUACUGAGGUUCGACUGCUCCAGGAGACAGAAUCAAUACGUCCUCGCUCGGUUACAAAGGAGGCUGCAAAUACAACGAUAGUUCUGGUACCAGCAAGAUCGCAUCGAGUCAAAAUUGAGCGUAGCAUUUCGGGUAUAUACAGUCAAGAGCUGCUUCCAUAUCCAGGAAUGACUCUGGGACGGGGUGACUACAUGAGCCAGACCAUGGUGGGCAAAACUGUCAUGCGUGGAUUGUCCAUUCGAGGCGUCUUUCAUAGCAGGCGCUCCGCAUCUCUUAGUAAAGUGACAUCAAUUUCUUUGGAUGAUAGCUUAGAACAGGAUGAAAAUGAAGAAGAAGAGGAAACAACCUCAGAGAAGGCUAGGACAACAAACGGUCCAUUUGAAACGUUAUACAAACCGAAGGGUGUGACGGAGGAUGAGAAGAUUGUUACCAAGAUGGCAUUCGGCUCUAAUCGACCAAAGAAGACCAGAUCUACGUCUGACAAUACUAUCAUCGAAGAUAAGGUGAUCAAGUCCAAGAUUAAGCCUCGGGUGCUGUGGAAGAGGUGGCUCCCGCAGUCCAUAGUCGGGUAUUUGGAUACAACAAGAGACGUGGCAUGA